CAGUCGCUUCUUUUUUCUCGCGGGUCGCCUCGCUUAUUACCGGUAUCUAGCACUUUCCCUCUCCUAAAUUCAAUUUACAACUAUACCCUCAUUCAUUCUCUUCUGAAAAAAGAAAUUGACUCACCAGCAAUCCCUAGUCACUGCCUUGCUUAAUUUUUGAUUAAGAGAAUGCCGAAAGUGAAGACAAAUCGUGUCAACUAUCCUGAGGGCUGGGAAUUGAUUGAGCCUACCCUACGUGAAUUACAAGCCAAGAUGAGAGAAGCUGAAAAUGACCCGCAUGAUGGUAAGAGAAAAUGUGAGGCUUUGUGGCCUAUUUUUAAGAUAGCGCAUCAAAAAAGCCGAUACAUUUUUGACCUUUACCAUCGUAGAAAGGAAAUAAGCAAGGAGUUAUACGAGUUUUGUCUGGAUCAAGGCUAUGCGGACCGCAAUCUUAUUGCAAAGUGGAAGAAGCCGGGUUAUGAACGUCUCUGCUGUUUAAGAUGCAUGCAACCACGGGAUCACAACUUUGCAACUACCUGCGUAUGCCGAGUGCCCAAGAACCUGAGGGAGGAGAAGGUCAUAGAGUGUGUCCAUUGCGGUUGCAGGGGAUGUGCUAGUGGAGAUUGAUCGAAUAUCUUUUCUUUCUUGCACAGCACACUAUGGAUCCCUAUUUACUGUGUACCCAGUUCCUUGUCGCACUGUUUAUGUAAACUUUAACAACAAUUUGGAUGCUGGAGAUGUUGGCUUUUGAUACAGAUUUUUACCAUUUUCAGGAGUCUGUCUCACUAUCAGGCAUUUGUGAUAAUUAGACAUAAAUUUUAACUGUCAGGAUUUAGUUUGA